AUGGGCUUUCAGUCCAAGCUUGGGGUAAGAACUGGACGGGCACCAGGCACUAGCGGACAGCUCCCUCCGGGCAGGGCUCCAGCCACCGCACCGGGCCCCGCGCAGCCGCACGGACCCUCCGCCAGCACACCAAGAAGACCAGAUCAAUCGGACCCCUCUUUUGGGCAGAGAGCAGCUUCUCCAUCUCCGAAACAGCCUGCUCAGACCAGUGAAAGCACAAAAGAGAUAAGGAGCCAUGGACAGACCCCACAACAGGCUGAUGGGCCGAGGAGGACUCUCCAAGUGGACAGCAGGGACCAGAGAUCAGGACACUCACCCUCUGUGUCACCUGAUCGAGGCAGUACCCCUACCUCACCUUAUUCUGUCCCUCAGAUUGCACCCCUUCCCAGCAGCACUCUCUGUCCCAUAUGCAAGACAACAGAACUCACUUCCCUCCCUAGCCAGCCAAAUUUUAACACCUGUACGCAGUGUCACAACAAGGUCUGCAACCAGUGUGGAUUCAACCCCAAUCCUCACCUGACUGAGGUGAAAGAAUGGUUAUGUCUAAAUUGUCAGAUGCAGAGGGCAUUGGGGAUGGACAUGACAACAGCACCCCGCUCCAAAAGCCAGCAGCAGCUACACUCCCCUUCACUUUCCCCUUCUCAUUCCCCAGCCAAACAGCCACAACCACAGCCCCAAGGAUCAGAGAAACAACCAGGAACUAUGCAGCCAAGCCCCAGGUCACAUGCUGGUGUCAUGCAGCCAGAAAGCUCCAAACCACCCCCAGUUUCAACGCAGAGGGAACAACACAGCCAAGUCCAGCCAAAACCUGCUGCUCCUCCUCAGGAAGGGGUGAGGUCUUCCCCUCAGCAUCAACAAGCAAAGCCUUCGUCCACUGAUCAGAGAAAGACUGUGGGAGACUCCCCAGCUAAGACUGCAGCCCCUCCGCCCAGCACUGGGGUCCAGGAGCAACCCCAAGAAGGCCUCACUGGGAAGCUUUUUGGCUUUGGAGCUUCUCUCUUGACCCAGGCAAGCACACUUAUGUCUGUCCAACCAGAGGCCACCCCACAGAGUCAGCAGUCCCCUGGCAAAGUGCCUCCAAAAAUUGUCUUCAGUGAUGCCAGCAAAGAUGCUGGUCUUAAAGCCCCAGGCACGGUACCUGGAAUGCAGGGUAAAGCUGGAACUGUCCCAGCUGCAAAGCAAGUGAAAGUGGAACAAGUAAUCAAGCCAAAGGAAGUGCCGAAAGAAAGGGUCUUGUGCCCCCUCUGCAAAGCGCAACUCAACGUUGGUUCUGGAGAACCCUCCAAUUAUAAUACCUGUACAACCUGUAAGCAGCAGGUCUGCAACAUGUGUGGAUUCAAUCCAACACCUCAUCUAGUGGAGAAAAAUGAAUGGCUGUGUCUGAACUGCCAAACUCAGAGGCUGCUAGAAGGAAGCCUAGGAGAUCCUGCUCCGAUGCCACUGCCUUCUCCAAAACAAACGCCAACUGGAUCGCCCCGACACCAACCUGGAGGAAGUGGUCAGCAGCAGCAGCAGCGAGGAGCUCCUCUGCCUGUAACAACACCCCAGCAACCUGAAAUGUCUGCUCCUCAAGAGAGGCAACUUCCACAUCUCAGGACUUCGGCAGAACAAAGCAAAUUACCAACCGGUCCCCAAGAAAAAAAGCCUCCGGCUUCAUCCGAAGGAAAGCCACUGCCCAAACUUUCCAAAGAGGCUCCCAAAGCUUCUGAAAGUUCAUUGCCAAAGGGGAGAACUAUGGCUACAAAGCCAGAAGCAGAUAUCAAAGACAGCACAGCCAUGUCGGAGUCUCAGAAAAGUAGAGAGCAGGAGGAAUCCAGUAAGCCUUAUCCCUCAGACCUGUCUCGUAGUCCCCAAAGCUUGAGUGACACUGGCUAUUCAUCUGACGGGAUCUCCAGCUCUCAGAGUGAAAUCACAGGCUUAGUGCAGCAAGAAGGAGAACAGUUAAAUGAAACCGGAAUUGUAGAGCCCAGCCCUCCGAGUCCUUCUGAACUCACAAAACUGGAAAGCAGCAUGCGCCCUCUACUGGAGUCAAAGGGCUUGGCUCAACCGCCAGCUGAAAAGGGGAAAACAUACCAUGAAUUACGAGAGGAACAGAGGCAGAGGCAGAGACCACGGUCCCUUUCUAUUACCCCAGAAGCCUUUGAUUCUGAUGAGGAGCUAGAAGACAUAAUGGAAGAAGAUGAAGACUCUAUAGAAUGGGAAAACCAGAGGGAACAGAGGGAUAGCAUGGAGUCUUCAGAUGACUUUGGCAGUAGGCUUCGCCAUGACUAUGUAGAGGACAGCAGUGAAGGAGGGUUCUCCCCAUCACCUGGUAGACAGAAAGUCAAAGAGAAGGAGAUGACUGACGAAGAGUUCAUGAGGAGGCAGCUCCUGGAGAUGAGCGCAGAAGAAGAUAACUUGGAGGAGGAGGAGGAAGAAUAUGAUCGUGACAAAUACAGUGUUACAAAAAGUGGGCACAAGCCAGACUCUGAAAAAAGCAGAGAGGCUACCUCAUCCAAGAGGCGCUUGCCCCACAGCUCUGGGAGCAUAUAUGAAGAGGAAAGAAAAGAGCUGGGGAGUACAGAGAGUGAUGACAUGACUGCAUCUCAGGGAGGUUUGCGACGGUUCAAGACCAUCGAAUUAAACAGCACUAACAACUAUGGCCGAGACAUGGAGAUUAGCCAAGAGGCAGACAUCAGCCUAGACAGAGAACCUGAACUGGAAAUGGAGAGUCUAACUGGCUCCCCAGAAGACAGAUCGAGAGGUGAAUAUUCCUCUACCUUGCCAGCCACAACACCCAGCUACACAUCAGGAACUUCCCCCACCUCCAUCUCUUCCCUGGAAGAGGAUAGUGAUAGCAGCCCUAGCCGCAGGCAGAGGCUAGAAGAAGUUAAGCAGCAGAGGAAAGCCCGGCAUCGCUCCCAUGGCCCUCUGCUGCCAACCAUAGAAGACUCAUCAGAGGAAGAGGAGCUGCGUGAGGAAGAGGAACUCCUGCGGGAGCAGGAAAAAAUGCGAGAGGUGGAACAACAGCGUAUCCGAAGUACUGCCCGCAAAACAAAGAGAGACAAAGAAGAGCUGAGGGCUCAGAGGAGGAGAGAGAGAUCCAAAACCCCACCCAGCAAUCUGUCCCCGAUUGAAGAUGCUUCCCCUACCGAGGAACUGCGGCAGGCUGCAGAGAUGGAGGAGCUCCACAGGUCUUCCUGUUCAGAAUACUCGCCCUCUGUUGACUCAGAAGCAGAAGGGUUUGAUGUCAUUUCCUCUAAGCUGUACAAGUCCGGCAGUGAGUACAAUCUUCCAACAUUUAUGUCCCUCUAUUCUCCCACAGAAAAAAUGGCGAGCUCUGCUUACCCCUCCAGCAAGCCCCUGAAAAGUGCUGAAGAAGCAUAUGAAGAGAUGAUGAGAAAGGCAGAAAUGUUCCAAAAGCAGCAACCAUCCCAACAAAGUGUUUCCUACAGCAGCACCUUCCAACAAGGCUAUCGAAGUUCAGAAGGCCAGAGUAAUUUUGAGUACCAGUAUAUAGACGACUACAGCUAUGAUGGCCGGAACAUGGACUCCUCCCAAGCUGACCAGCAGAAUGAACUUUCCAAAUCUGGGGCAGUUUAUGAAGAAAUUCUUCAGACAUCACAAAAUAUCUCCAGGAUGCACCAGUCCUCUUCUCUAGAUCUGACACUUGAGCAAGAAAUGAAGAAAAAGGGAAGAGAAGACCCCUAUCAGGAGAAGCGGUUUCUGAAUGCAGAAAGUGCAUAUGAAAGUGGCCCACUCACUCCUGGGACCAGUCCUACACAGCUGUCUGCUCCCGUCUCCUUUUCCUCUACAGAAAGCAGUGCAGGCAGAGUAAUCCCUGAUGUCAGGGUCACACAACAUUUUGCAAAAGAGAGUCACGAACACUCAAAACUUCAUAGCUCUGCUACCGCAUCUAGCUCAGUUUCAAAGAGUGUAACAACACCGUAUUCAUAUGCUAAAGGACCUAGCCCAGUCACCACCAUUGUAUCUAGUCCAGCAAGUGCUCCACGAAUCUAUGGCACUCCCACAUCUUUGAGCUGCUCAGAUGUGCCAUCUGUGUCCACCCCGAGCCGAAGUUAUAGUCAAACAAAAGUAACUGCAAGUUACGGCUCCCAAACAGAAAACAUUUCCAGGGUCAAGAGUGUUGCAGAGAUCAGUGGGCCAUCAACAAGAGAGAAACUUCAAAGCAUUACUGACAGUAAAACACCUAAAAUGUACACUUUCUACAAAAGCUCUAGCCCACCACUUUCCCCUUCUUCUCCUACUCAGAGUCCCACUCAUUCUGCUCCAAGAGCUGGGAUGCUAGCCAGUACUGGGGUGGGAACUAAGUCGACAGCUGAAUUUUCUACCCAAACACACAGCACCAUUAUUUCAUAUGAUGUCUCAGCGACUACUUCAGUACCAUCAUCUUCUCCAAUGGUAGCUCAAGGAACACAAACUCCUCACCGUUCUAGCUCCCCUCGCCUAGCAAGACAACAGUCAUCACAAGAAGCCCCAUUUAUGGUCAUCACGUUAGCAUCUGAUGCAGCCAUUCAAACCAAGCCGAUUGGCGCAAGUUCUUCCAUUUCACCAGCCUCAUCUCCGACUCAGCAAGGCCGUCAGCAAACAAUGCAUAGUUAUAGUCAGACAGUAAUCAAUGCAGCACAACUCCAGCAAGAGCAGCUGCAGUCCACUUAUGCAAAGACACAAUCAGUGCUAGAAAGAGCCUCUGCUUAUACUGCUGCAAUGCAGAAAGCACAAAGCCCUGCUGCCGCUGACAGCUUUCCUGGUGCAUAUAGCUGGGGAACACUGCCUGCAGAAAACAUUUCUCUAUGUAGAAUCUCAUCAAUACCUGGGACAUCUAGAGUAGAACCUGGACCCAGGCUACCCAGUAGUAACAUUGUAGACUUGCGGACUGCAAUAAAGUCAGCUCCAAUCAUCAUAACAGACCAAGGGAUGGAUCUCACAUCCCUAGCUACCGAGAGCAGAAAAUAUUGCCUCACUAUGGACGAAUCAUCAAGUCGGCAAUCUACAGCUGUCCAGCCGUUAAUUAUCAAUCUUAAUGCCCAGGAACAGCCUCAUGCAAUCAUUAGCACAGCCACCACUGUCAGCAUAACUGUUGCAUCUUCCAUGCUUGUGUCUCAACCAAAGCAGCCUGCAGUCUAUGGAGAUCCAUUUCAGAACAGGAUGGACUUUGGUCAAGGGACAGGAAGUCCCAUCUGUCUGACACAAAUUAAGCAGGUAGAGCAAGCCGUUCAGACUGGCACCUUCAGAGGAUCUGCAAGUGGCCCUGGCAUGUCUGCUUCCGGGGGCCGGCCAGAUGCUGUAGGCCCACAGCAAGCAAAGUUUGCCCGGUAUAAUUUGCCCAACCAGAUGACAGCCUUGGUGAAGAAAGACACUGUGAUCACACAGACCACUAACGCACAGAAUAUUGUCAGUGCCAUUCCCAGACAAUUUCCUCAGGAUCAAAGCACAGAGGUAUAUAGAGGGAUCCCCAUGGAAUUCAAAACACCGACCCCUGCUGCCACCCUGGCUAGUAAGAAAUCCCAAGUGAUGAUGGUGCAGAUGGAGGAUAUAGCAGCAGGGCCAGUCACAAAACUGAUGAAAGAGGAAUCACCUCCCAGUGCUUUGGAUCUCACAGGGAUGAAGCCUGAAAGCCAAGUAGCAUGCUGUGAUAUAGUGUACAAAUUUCCAUUUGCCGGCAGCUGCACUGGAGCUUUUAACCCUUCUUCAAAGGUGCCAGAGAAAAAUAUUGGGGAUGCAACUCACCCUGGAAAACCUAGUGGCCCAUAUUAUGGAAGCAGAGAACAGGAGGUGUCGGAUACAUAUCCUUAUAAAGAACAAUCAGCGCCAGGGCCUCAUCCAUAUGAAGAGCACAGGUUUUAUCCUCAUGGGGUGUUUGGGAGAUUGUAUUCAUCCAUGUCAGAUACAAACCUUUCUGAAAUGGGCUUGAACUAUUAUCCGGUUAAAGGAGAGCAGCUCUUCCACUCCCUUGCUGGGGAUUCUGCUGUGGAUCUAACCACCAUGAAACAUUCAUACAGCCACAGCUUUACGGAGGGAGGCUACAUGGGACAUGGACUGCAAUAUGGCUCCUUCUCUGAUCUCCGACAGCCCACUGAUUUGCUAAGCCAUUCAUACCCAAUGCGAAGGUACAGCUCAGCCUCAAAUAUUUAUUCAGAUUAUAGAUAUGCACCAAGAGGUGACAUGGCAAAUUUCCAGGAAGCCAGUCUGGCACAUUAUAGUGCAACUACAGCUCGUGAAAUUAGCCGAAUGUGUGCAGCGCUCAACUCCAUGGACCAGUAUGGGGGCAGGCAUACAAAUAGCCCAGAUCUUCUUCAGUAUGGACCUGGUGCUGUUGGUGCUGGACCAGGAGGGACUGGUGCCCUCCCAGCUCAACAGGGUGCCAUGAAAACCAACAUGAUGUAUAACCCAAAUUUUCCAGACUCUCGCCCAGGCUUUGGGAAUCUAGCCCAAUACAAUUUUGCCAGACUUGGAGCUGUCAGACAAGUCCUCCCUUCCACAGCCACUGUGCGUGCUGCUGAUGGCAUGAUUUAUUCAACCAUUAAUACACCAAUAGCAUCAACUGUUCCCAUUACCACCCAGCCAGCUUCUGUGCUACGACCCAUGCUCCGGAGCCUAUACAGACCCUAUGGUCCAGCCGGUAUCACAGCUGUCCCUCUCGCCAGCCUGACCAGAGUGCCUCUAGUAACUCCAAGGAUGCCCCUUGCAGCCCAAGGUCUGUAUCGGUAUCCAGCACCUAGCAGGCUUCCUGCAGCUCCCACAUCAUCAAUGAUUGAAACACCAAUGUAUUUGGGGAAACCUGUAAGCACCACUGCAGCCAGCACAGUUGCCGGUAGUGUGAGCAUAGCACCAGCUUCCAAGCCCUCAGCUCCAACUGCUGUCAGUUUGCAAAGGCCGGAGCAGUCAGGGACUAGCACACGAGAGGAGGGGUCUGUGGCAACAUCCAGGGCACAGAGUACUAUAAGAGACACCAGCCAGACACAGCAACAGCAGCAGCCGCCGCCGCCACCGCCGCCACCUCUCCCAGCAACCCAGAAACAGCAAAGUGAAGCUCCACAGUCCAGCGUUGCCAGCAAAGGAGCCACAGAAAGGGAGGAAAAAGAGAAGGAGGAAGAGAGGCAGAGGAAGCAGCAGGAGCAUAUCCUUCAGAUGGAGAGGGAGAGAGUAGAGCUGGAGAAGCUGAGGCAAAUGAGGCUGCAUGAGGAGCUGGAGAGAGAACGUGUGGAGUUGCAGAGACACAGAGAGAAGGAACAGCUGUUGAUGCACCGUGAGAUCCAAGAGUUACAAUCCAUAAAGCACCAAGUCCUGCAACAGCAACAGGAGGAGCGCCAGGCCCAGUUUGCCUUGCAGCGGGAACAAUUGGCCCAGCAGCGCUUGCAGUUGGAACAGAUCCAGCAUUUGCAGCAACAGCUGCAGCAGCAGUUGGAGGAGCAGAAGAGACAAAAGAGUGCUUUCCCUCCUCCAGUAUGUGAUCCAGCUGGAAGGAUGCCUCCACAGGCUGCCCCUGAGAUAGCCAUGGAAAUGCAAAGGACCCUGGCGCAAAAUGGACAAUUCUGGCCAGCCAUAAACCAAGCCUUCAUAGCGACCGCAGGCCCGGGGCAAGAUGUGCAGCCACAGCCUCGUUAUCCGGGGCUCCAGAGGCCUCUCACCAAUUCAGCUUCUGAAAUGUCCCUGCCAACUGAAGACCAGUGGGAAACCAGUCGAGGAAUAAAGAAACGAAACUCGAUGCCGCGUCUUCGGGAUGCCUACGAGAAGGAACCUGGCCGUGAGCCUUAUAUUGUUAAGAAGAUCACAGACAGCAGUGUACAGACUGAUGAGGAGGACGGGGAGGAGCACUUCUAUGCAUCCCGACGCCGCCGUACCCGUCGCAGCACUGACUGCAGUGUUCAGACAGACGAGGAAGACAAUGGCGAAUGGGAGCAGCCAGUGCGGCGCCGACGUUCCCGCUUCUCCCGGCACUCAGACUCCAGUGCUGAAAGCAAGCAAGACUCUUCCACCAAAGGUGUGGCCAGUAUAGCCAUCCAAACCAUCAGUGACUGCUCUGUGCAAACAGAACCUGACCAACUCCACAGAGUGUCCCCUUCCAUCCAUAUCACCACUCCUGACCCCAAGGUGGAAAUUGUGAAGUAUAUCUCUGCCCCAGAGAAGACUCAACGAGGAGAGAGCCUGGCCUGCCAGACAGAGCCUGAGGUCCAACCCCAGCCAGGCAUCGUAGUCCCUCAGCUCACUGUGCCUACUACAAUUACGCCUUACUCCUCCAACAUCCAAAUUGUAAGCACAGGCCCCUUGGAUCCCCAUUCAGCCCGGCAGCAGGCACUGGCAAAGAAAAAGCCUGACCCCCUUGAAAUUGGCUACCAGUCCCAUUUGCCAACCGAUUCCUUGUCUCAGCUGGUGUCUCGUCAGCCUCCCAAGUCCCCUCAGGUGCUUUAUUCCCCGGUCUCUCCUCUCUCUCCACAUCGGCUGCUGGAGUCAUCCUUCACAACCAGUGAACGGCUCAACAAGGCACAUGUAACUCCACAGAAGCACUUCAUGGCUGACUCCACCCAGCGCCAGCAGACACUACCUCGCCCCAUCAAAACCAUGCAGAGAUCCUUAUCCGACCCCAAGCCCAUCAGCCCAACAUCAGAGGAGGCUGCAAAGGACAGGUUCUCUUUGUAUCAGCAAACUUUACUUCCUGGCAGCCAGAUUUCCUCCCUGCAGUCAAGCACUCUCAUUAGGAAAGUGAAGCGGACCCUGCCUAGUCCUCCGCCAGAAGAAGCUCACCUCCCUCUGGCCAGCCAAGCUCACUCACAGAUGUACAUGCCGGGCCUCAUCCAGAAAGGAGUGCCCGUUCAAGUGACUAAAGCCAGCCUCCUCAAAGAGCUUGACCGUGACUUGAAGCUGGUUGAGCACGAGUCUACUAAGCUGCGGAAAAAACAAGCUGAACUGGAUGAAGAAGAGAAGGAGAUUGAUGCCAAGCUGAAGUACCUGGAACUGGGGAUCCAUCAGAGAAAGGAGUCUUUGCUGAAGGAUAGGAAUGUCCGUGAUUAUCCCUACCUGAGAUGCCUGGGAGAGAACAGGGAUUACAUGUCAGAUAGUGAGCUCAACAACCUUCGCCUUUCUGGCUAUGAAAGUAGCAGUCUUCUCACAAGGCCCAGCACUGCCCCGUCUAACCAAUAUGCAGACUUCUCCAGUACUCAGUACACAUCAGCCUCCUCCUACACUCCCUAUCAGUAUUCCUCAGGACAGGGUGGCCCACCAGCCCCAGCCACGUUCCAGCAAACAAGAUUUCAGCCUCCACACUAUCCCCUAGCAAGCAACGGCCCUGCUCAAAAUGGUUUCCAGGCAAGCCAGAUGCCCUCAUACCCUUCUCAAACGACAUAUCAGACACACAGUUUCACUCCGAGCACUGGCUAUCAGUCCGAACCGGGUUUACAGAGCCAUCAAGGCUUUCGGCCACCUUACCAACCUCCUACCACAUAUUCCAGCCAGACCCCUCUGCAGCCUACCCAAAGCACACUUUUCCAGACCCACACAGAUACUCACACAACCUCCCAGAAACCCCGGCAGACCUCAUUAGCUGACCUAGAGCAAAAGAUCCCCACCAAUUAUGAAGUCAUUAGCAAUCCUACCGUGGUGAUCUCUGCUGCAACCCCAGAAGUGACGUAUAGCUCCACAACAGUGACCACCAGCUAUGACCAGUACAAGACUCCAGAGGGAAGGCCAGCAGACAGGAGUGGUGCAGUGCAGAGUCCCUCUACCAGCUACUCCUCUGAUUCUCUCUACACCAAUCUAGAGCAGAACAUUCCUCGGAACUAUGUAAUGAUCGAUGAUAUCAGCGAGUUGACCAAAGAGAGCACGGCAGGGGAGGGGCAGAAAGGAGAUUUGCAGCCACAAAGCAGCAAUGGACGGCAUAUCAAAGAAAAGAGUGACCUAGCAGAUACAGAUGUCUCCAGUAGACCUUGUUGCUAUUCAAAAGGAGAAGAGGAGUCUGAGGAGGAUAUGUAUGAUCAUCUUGGCUCCGACCACCGGGGGAAAGGUUACCACAGAAGUACAGAGAGCAAUGGGAGGAUGUCAGGCACUUCUGGUUCCUACUAUUAUGGAGACAGUGAUUACAGGCACUCCUCUCGGGUUGAUAAACAUGGGUCCAGUACAGGAAUACAAAAGCAUGCUUCAAAAAAUUUAGCACCAGCUGUCAUCUCUUCCAAACGCAGCAAGCAUCGGAAACAAGGUAUGGAGCAGAAGAUCUCCAAAUUCUCCCCUAUAGAAGAAGCCAAAGAUGUAGAAUCAGACUUGGCCUCCUAUACAGUGACCCCAUCAGUCACCAGUAGCAGUGUGACAUCUAGAGCAAAGAAGCUGCAAGAUGACAUCACUUACGGCCUCAAGAAGAAUGUGUAUGAACAGCAGAAGUACUAUGGAGUGUCCAGCAGGGACAUGAUGGAAGAAGAUGAUAGAGCAUAUAGUGGUGGACGAUCAAGAUCCUCUGGUUAUGUGUCAGACAAAAUGUCUAGCCGUGAGAUCAGGAGUAGGUCCUAUGAGCGUGAAAGCAUGGAGAGGCCUCAGAAAGGAAGCUCCAAGCCUUCCUCCCUUAGUAUGAGUCGCGGGCGACCUCCAAUUCGCACACAAACUUCAGAAGAAGAGAGUCCUAUCAGUCCUUUAGGGAAGUCCAUGGGUGUUUCACGGUCUUCAGGUGGACCUCUCCCUCACUCUGCUGGAGAUAGCUGCCCUCAGUUCUGCUCUAGUCACUCAUUGCCUGAUGUACAAGAACAUAUCAAAGAUGUGCCAAGAACUCACUCAUACAAGCAUGAAGAUGGUUACAUCAUGGAUGAUUCACAUUGUGUUGUUUCAGACAGUGAAGCCUAUCACUUGGGUCAGGAGGAGACAGACUGGUUUGAUAAGCCAAGGGAACCUCGUUCAGAGAGGAUGAGGCAUUACGGUGGCCACUCCUCUUCCUCCCAGAAGAGGGCUUCAAUUAAGCACACAUAUCAUGACUACGAUGAACCUCCCGAUGAAGACUUGUGGCAUCAUGAUGACUACUCGCACCCACGCCACUCUUCUUCCAAAGAACACAGGCACCACGGAGACUACGGGAGGCACUCGUCCUCCUCCCGACACUCCACUGAUGAUCUGCCCAGGAGAUCCUCUAGGCAACAUCCAAGAGAUCCAGGCCGCCACGAGUCACGUGGCCAUGGACAGCCCUCUUCCCAGAAGAAAGCUCAGCAAGCGGAUAUGAGAGCACAGCCGGGCUAUCCUUCCUCAGAGUAUUCCCAGCAGUCUCGACAGCCUUCUGGCUACCAUCAUACCUCAGAGUCCCAAAAAUCACAGCGGCAGAUGCAACAUGGGCUGCCAUCACAGCAGCCCAAAUCAGAGCCUGCUUCCCACCAACAGCAACCGCAAACAAGACAGCAGCAAGUAGGGCAACAGCAACAACCGUCAUCUAGGCAACAGCAGCAGCAGCCGCCGCAGCUGCAGCAGCAGCAACAACAACCACCACCAAGCAGGCAGCCUCAGCAGCAGCAUCCCAUGGCCCCUUCACAGCAGUCUUCUCAGCAACCGCCUCAGCAAGGGAGGACGCAACAGCAACAACAGCCUGGGACUCAAGCCCAGCCCUCUUCGAGGCCAGCCCAACAGCCGUCUGGCCCGUCCCAGCCAGCAGGCAAACCACCGUCAACCCUCCAAGCACAACCCAGCUCUCACCCAACAGGGCCGCCUAAAGUAGAGCAGACAGAUGCAUCCAAGCCUACCACAAAAGUGCCACAGGUGGGGAAAGUACCCCAAACACAGCCCCACGGGACAGCAGCAGGAGGCAUUAAACUGGGCCCCAAGCCUGCAGGAGCAGCCACUUCUGCAGGCGCAACUGCUGGACAGCCAGGAGCAGAGGGAGAAAGUGUCUUCUCAAAAAUUCUGCCAGGAGGAGCAGCAGAACAAGCAGGCAAACUGACUGAAGCUGUUUCGGCUUUUGGGAAGAAAUUCACAUCAUUUUGGUGAGAGAGCACCAUCGGGAGUUUGGGAAUGUAAGUGGAGAUCUCAUCAUUGCACUGGAAAAACCUAUGAAGAAUCCACGGAAUUUAGUCUGCUGCUCCAGACUCUGGGUAUAACACUUUUGAAACCAUGGAAAACAAUAGGCUAUGAGACUGACGGUGAAAGAGAUGUUUAUACAGAUGCCUGCCUAUGGAUCCUGGGAGCAGCUCUUGAGGACAUUUGAGCCACCUGUCACAAAAGGUUUCAGAAAGUCACUGGUUGUCAACUCUGUAGUUUGUAUUGUGUGAGCUCCAAAAGCUGGAGGCAGACUCUUAGUCUAAGAAGAUGUUUACAGAACACGGGCUUGUUGCAACUUGUGACACAGACUGGCCACUUCUUUGAUGCUGGAGGAGAUGUCUGGCGCUCCAGAGACUACCCAUGGCUGUGGUUCCAUUUGUGCCUAGGGUCUAACAUUGGGAGCCAUGGCCCUUUCUUGAGAUUAUACACAGAGUUUCUCUCUUACUGAAUUUUAUCUCUAGACUCUUCAUAGGUUUUUCCCACUUUCCAAGACGUGCUUAAGUUGAGGGCUGGGAGCUAGAUGCUCCAUUCUCCUUCACAUUCCAGUUUGCCCGUCAAUCCCUCCACCUGCACAGUGUUUGUUCCCUCUCAUCAUCCCUGCAAUGGAAAGCAUGGGACGAGGAGAACUUGGACUAGGACCUAACACUGUUUCACUAUUGAGAUAAGAGGCCAUAGGACUCUGAAAGGCAGUGCGAACUGGCUGACUAUUGACUGAAGCAAACGCUGGCCAGGCAUGUCUUAUCAGCCACCCAAAGCCAUCCUGAAGCCAUUCUAAAGCAUUCAAAUGGCAGUGCUUUCCAUUGUUAGUGUUGCGCAUUGUUUUAUGUAUGCCUGGGGAUUAUUUUUAUUUCAAAAACAGCCUUAAUCAUUCCACUUUUAUUUACGUGUAUACCUCAUCAACAACACCCAGCAACUGGGGGUUAAAUUUCUUUUUGUGUGAGGUUCCUUUUUUUCUUUUGCUUUGUUUUUAAACUUUGUAUCAAUUAUUUUCCUCUUUGCUUUGUACUGAGUUAGCAUACGGGCUCUUGUUGGUAGAAGCAAUAGAGUGCAGAAGGCUAUAAAGAGCACAAUCCAGUGUGUUGAGAUCAGGAGAGCUUGCCUCUGCCACCCUCCUUCCUACUACUGUGCAAUUCAAGUCCUUCUUAAGCCAUUACCAGUGGGCAUGCUCAGAAUGAUGGAGGAGCUACCUGGAGCAGAAUAUCGUUGAAUCUGCCAGUAAGGAGCUCUGUGCACUACAAUCCGUGAGAGUCGAACGAAAACCUUGUGAAACAGCUCCUUUUUGUUUUUGUUUUGUUGCUAUAAAGACUCCAGCAAAUGUACAGAUGCUCUGGUUCCCAUUUGUCUGUGCUAUCUGUUUCCUGCCUGUCUCUCGUCCACGCUGAGCAUGCUCAAGAACAACAAUCCAUUGGUGUGACCCAUAGGAGCUUCCAUUCACCAUGGGUGACAGCAAAAUGAUUCUCAUGUCUAAUGUUCUAUGCAAUGAAAUAACAAAUUUUAAAGAACAACUGUUAAUAUUUAAUAAGUUUAAUGUUAUGUAUAAGGAUUUAAUUGCAAAUGUGCUAUUGAGAAACUGGAUAGAUAUCUUUAUAUCGAACACCUGUGUGUAUGAAGUUUUCAAUUAGUGGCAUGCUUGACCCAUUCGAGGGACACUUUUUGCCAAAGGGUAGCCAUAGAGCCGGUGACUGUCUCUGUCUGUUGUAGAGCAUGACUUGCUACUUCUCUGCACGGUUUCAUCUACUUAGAAUGCUUGCCGUUCUUUGCUUGGGAUUAUUUUUUUUUCUCCAGUUGGUUCAUCUUCUCUAUUGAAUGCCAUAAGCAGAUUUAUGCACUUGUUAUUGAAGGCCUGUCAGUGAAACCAUGAUAUGAAAUUAUCCUGCAGAAUGCUAACACCAGAUGUUCUCCACUGAAGUACAUUAACUCUCCAAUCUUUGCCACAUCUUCCCCUGCAGUAGCCAUUAGUUUCCACUUCUAGGGGAUCCUAGGCUUUGCCUAGACCUGAAGCGCAUUCCUCCUGUUCAAAAUUUUAAACCAAAUUCUAUUUUGACAUGAGAGCACGACAGAUUGGGAAGGUGCUCUGAGAACAGAAUGGAACACACUAACAAAUGCUGUAAUGGCCAUUUGAACAGCUCUGCAUCAGUUAGUACAAAAAUACAUCCUAAUUCAAAAAUUGAGGUCCGGCAGGAAUUGGUUUCUUUCCCCACUUGAUGCAGUGUUAAUGAGUAAAGAACUCCUGACUACUGUCCCCCAGCUUGGAGGCUGAGAGCCACUGAGAAGUACAAUUUCAGAAGCUAUAGAUUCCAGAAUAGGGAACAGCCACAUCCACAGUCACUGUACUCAUACUGCUGGUACAGUGGUAGCACUUGGGAUGUGCCCUGCAUGCUGGACUGAUAGAUGUAGAGUGUACCACAAAAAUUAGAAUAAAUCUGCAUACCUUUUUACAUUGAAAGGGGAGGGAAGGAAAGGGCAAGCAUCCAAUGUCUCUGUUAAAUAAUGAGUUCUUGAAAAUGUGGAAGACUUUUGAGGUAGAAUAUAGAUUCAAAGAACCAUUUCUCCUUUUGAUUCUUGCACUUGGCUAAGAUGCUCCAUGCCCACUGUCUACAUCAUAAUGGCACUGGUGCAUCAAGAGAAGCUGCAGAGUCCUGGUUAACAAUGACAUAAAGUUUGGGUGGAUCAUCAUUGGCAUAUAUUGAAAACCCUUGGAGACUUUUGCUUCCACAGAGACCAAAAUAAAGUUCAGUUUUUAAAGGAGAAUCUGUCAGAUGAAUGCAUGGGCCAUUUCACAACAUGAUGCGGUGGCAAACCACUAUACCCAAGAAAGAGCUCUGGUUAAUCGUGGCUUGCUAUCUAGCAUUCACACUUAACAUUUUCAGUGUGCAUUUAACAUUUUUGAAAUACCCUAAAAAGAAAGACCUAUGACACAGCUUCGUGGAAUCCAGGGUUGUGUAAUAUUUAAGCUUGAGUGUUAGAUUCAGUUUAUCAGCUAGUAUGCAAAAUGAAGCAUAAAACAAUAUGGCUUUCCAUUGGCACCAAAGGCUCAGGGCACACACUUCGUGUCUGGGAAGCAGUGACUGGCCUGCUCAUGCAUAUGUCGCUUUAUUGUGCCUGUGGGAAAAGCAGGUAGUUGGUUUUUUUUUUAACUUUGACACCUAGGCAACAAAAGCAAGUGUCUGCCUAAAUAACAUCACAGUUAUCUCCAUGAGCUGCAUGGACUGAGAAGGGAGCCCUGGGUGUACUGAAGCCCAUGUGCUACUUGGACUGCAGAGAUGAUACAAGCACACUCAGUCUCUGACUCAUUCCAGUGCAGACACAGCCUUGGGUGGCACAUGUAAAAGUGCAAAUAGGAAGUCUGUUGGUGGCUGCUGAAAACAGCUUCUCAGUCAAGAUAGACACACUGCCUACAUAACCUUUGCCACAGCCUCCCCUUCCUGCUCUGGUAAUCUGAGCGACCAUAAAGUAUGAACACCCAUAAGCCUUAAUCUAAUCUUUUCUACAAGAGGCAGGUGGACAAGAUAGGGAAGUUCUUGAUUUUUAUGCCAUUUCUUAGAGUAGCCUCUCCACUGUAUUUCACCAGCAUGAAACCUUUCAUUGAAAUAACAGUGUCAUUUGACACAGCAGUUGGUAUAAGCCUUGGAUGAUCAGGGAAGAGAGGAAGACAAAGGUUACACUUUUGAACUCGAGAGUUGUCUCUAAGUAGACUCCCUGUGCUGUUAAACUGAGUGCGUGCCUAGGAAAAGCAUAAUCGCCACUGAAUAACCUAAUUAGGAAGCCUGAGAGCACUUCAUUAUACAGCCUCGUUGGAGCAAAACAUGGAGGCCAGAGCAUGUCAACUCAGUGAUAUUUUCCAUGGGUAAGAAAACACCUUGUCCACUUAAGUGGCAAGUUACCUAUCAUCAACAACCCACUUUUACCACUUGCUCUAUGUGCAUAAUAAUCUUCAUUCACACUAGGCUCACAGCCUCCACAUCAUCAAUUGAGUGCAUGGACUUUUCUGGCAAAGAAUAGAUUGUUAAAAAUUCUGAACAGGAAAGGAAGGAAGAAAAACUACUCCUAAUGGAACUGCAUCCAGUGUGGAAGGUUUAUAUGGCAGGUAUAGUUUCUUGGCAGCUGCUUCAGCUGGAAUGGCAUGUUGAGAGGCUCCCAUCUCCUUCUCUUUGUGCUCUGAAAUGUGGAUCUGCUUCCAUGUGGAGGUGAACAAAGCAUUUAGUGGUGGUGGCUGCAGCUCUCCCCAUUCAUUUGCUUCCUAAACCACAUGGAGUCCCAACAAUAACAAGUGCAUAAUCUGAGGAUGCUUCUUCAGGGCUCUAGGUUGAAUUUGUGUCCCCUACAGGUUUUCUCAACAGUGGCUGCUACAACCUCCCUUCACCCCCUCCAUUGUAAAUAUAUGUACAGUGUGUAAAAAAAAUUAAAUUUAAAAAAUCUCAUACGUUAUGAAAAAAAAAACAGAAAAGAAAACAAUCAAUUCACAAGUCCCUUUUGUGGGGCUCCAUCUAAAUGACCAGCACACCUGCCAACUGUUGCUUUUGUGUACAAAAAAAAUCAACUAAGAAAGCCUGGUGUUUUGUGACUGGCCCCCCUGGACUGUUCCUUUUCUUGCGAAGCAUAGCAGUGUCUUGUAGAGUUAUUGUGGCUGUCACACAACACACUUUCCACACUCUCCUCCUGCCUUCCAUGUAUCUUGAGUUCUCUUUCCUCUUUCUUUCUUUCUUUUUUUUAUUAUUACUUUGGAGGUGGGAGAGGUUCUGUAUAAACAAACAACC